UUGAAGAAUCCAUCUGUGAUGUCAGCGAACAAAAUGGCGACGGGCACUUCGUCUCAAAGUGAUUCACCUGGUCCUGUAGAAGUGAACUUCGAUAGGUUAAAAGUUUUAUACCCAGCUGUUGAUGAAGACGAAACACCAUUGCCGCGAUCAUGGAGUCCUAAAGACAAAUUCAAUUUUAUCGGAUUAGGUCAAAAUAACCUUAGAGUUCAUUAUAAAGGUGUAGGCAAAAAACAGAAAGAUGCUGCAAGUGUCCGAGCUACCCACCCCAUUCCUGCAGCUUGCGGUAUUUAUUAUUUUGAAGUUAAAGUCAUCAGUAAAGGUCGUGAUGGCUAUAUGGGCAUUGGAUUGUCUGCUCAGGGAGUCAAUAUGAAUAGACUUCCAGGAUGGGAUAAGCAGUCUUAUGGUUACCAUGGAGAUGAUGGCAACUCUUUUUGCUCCUCUGGAGCUGGCCAGCCUUAUGGUCCUACAUUUACCACUGGAGACACUAUUGGUUGUUGUGUCAAUCUGAUAGAGCACACCUGCUUCUACACUAAAAAUGGAGUUAACCUUGGUAUUGCUUUCACAGACCUACCGCCUAGCUUGUACCCAACAGUUGGUCUGCAGACUCCUGGUGAAGUGGUAGAAGCCAAUUUUGGCCAGUUUCCAUUUGUAUUUGACAUUGAAGACUACAAAAAGGAGUGGAAACAUAAAACUAAACUUACAAUUGAAAGGUUUCCUGUCUCAGAUCGUAAGGGGGAGUUCCAAUCAGCACUGCACAGAAUUGUUUCAACAUAUCUUGUUCACCAUGGGUACUGUUCUGCUGCAGAAGCUUUUUCAAAAUCUACCGAUCAGCCUAUUGUGGAAACUAUUGAAUCUAUAAAGAAUAGACAACGUAUACAAAAGUUAGUCUUAGAAGGAAGAAUGGGAGAAGCCAUAGAAACAACACAAGCUUUGUACCCUAAUCUAUUAGAUGCCAAGCCUGAUCUCUUGUUUAUGCUCAAAUGUCGUCAGUUUGUGGAAAUGGUGAAUGGCACAGACAGUGAAGUUAGAGGUGGCUUGUCCAGUUUUACUCAUUCAAAUGGAAAUGUGACUCAAAGCCGCAGCCCUAAGUCCUACCAUAGCAGUGACGGUAGCAACCGUUCCAGUCCUGCUCACAGUCCUCAUCCCCACGUCAGGGCAAUGACACCACCAUCUUCUCAACACCCUCACUCACUCCACUAUAACCAAAGCUAUCAUCAGCAGACACAGCAGCAACCCUAUCACCAUCAACGUGGGGGCACCAUUAGCAACAGCCCCAGUCGGUCAGUGGGUAAAAACCAGGGUCACCAAAGUCCAUCCUCUUACCAGAACUUGCAGCAGCACCACUAUCAUAACAGCAGCUACAACAACAGCAGUGAUGGUGGCAGUGGUUUACAAAACAACCAUUCUUUAAACUGUGGUCACUCUGGAGAGAACUUGCUGAACUCCAGCAACACAUUAACCAACACAGAUCACAUAGCAAUCAAUGGUGGUCCAGGGCUGUCCAAACUUAUUGACUCAGAGGAGAUGGAUUUAUCUGAUGAAGGUGACAAUCAUAGUCCACACUCUAAUGGAACCUCUCACAUAAAUGGCAACUCGGUUCAUGAUGAUGAUGAGGAUAUGGACAUUGAUGUGCCAUCUCAUCGACGCCAAAUGUGUGGUGGUAAUGAAGCUGCCAUUGAGAAAAUGUUGGCAUUUGGUAGGGAGCUGAAAAUGAUGAGCCAGCGUUUACGUAAAGAAUUUGGAAAAAAUGAAAACAACAAGAAAGCAUUACAGGAUGCAUUCAGUUUGUUGGCUUACUCUGAUCCAUGGAACAGUCCCAUAGGCAGUCAACUUUUACCAGUCAAACGAGAACCUGUCUGUGCAGCACUUAAUAGUGCUAUUUUAGAAUCAAAAGGUUUAUCGAAACAGCCACCAUUAGAACUGACCAUCGGACAUACAAAUCAGUGUAUGCGCCUUAUGUCGAAGUCAGGGAUUGGAGCCUGUGCAUUUGCCAGUGUGUCGGAUUAUCUUCACUAACCCUGAAUCUAUGUCUAUAGAGUGUCACAAGUGGCUCCCUUAUGGUCAUUCAUACCUCAUCCACUUCUGGUAGCAUUUUAUUAUGCAGUUUGUAAUGACAUAUUUUUGUUUGCAAGAAACUUUUUCAAUAACUUCCAUUAUUAUUUACUGAGAAUUAAUGUGCAUUUUCUCCAUUCUGUGGACAUUCUAUGAAAUAUUUGUGUGAGUUUAUUGUCAAUGUUGCUAUACAAAUUAUAAUGAUUAUGCAUGUGGCGAUCUUGUCAUUAAGUUUUGAAAAUCUCUUAGAGGAUGACUUAUAAGUAAAAUUUAAAAUUAUGUACAAUAUUAUUAGCAUGAAACCUCAUACCAUUUUUUUGUGUAAGAAAUUGUACAAACACUGACUGCUAGAACUCUAUUCUAUGGAUCUUCAGAUUUGUGUAUUGAAAUAUUAUUCAGGACUACGGAGUUGAUGCCAUCUUAGCAUUCAGUAAAAAAAAACUAUAAAUAGUUUAGUAUGACCUACCAUUUUCUCAAGUCUUUUUUUUUUAAACUCAAAAAUGCUGCUAUAAUUUUUGUUUUCUCUGACUUUUCAAUAUAAAAAACAGCAAACAAAAAAAAAAAAAAGAACUUCUGUACAUUCCAAUAGUUAAAUGCAUGCAGAAAUUUCUCUACAUAGUAAUUUAGAGUCAAAUUUUGUUAGAUUUUAGUUUUCUUGCCUACAAUUAUUUAGUCUGGUGAUUACAAUACCUAGAGAUUUAAAAUCAACUGAUUGUAUAUAUGUAAUUUUGGAAAUGUUUAUAAUGAAUCUAAAGACACAUUCAAUACUUAACUUCAGUCUGUGUCAUUAUAACAUUGACUCGUAACAUAUUGGUUCAUAUAUGAAUUUGUGUUUUCCUCCCUAGUGGUACUUUGACUUGCAGGUUUUUUUUUGUAAUAUUGACUCAGUUUUGAGCCAUAGAAUAGUUGUUGCUGUGGCAAUGUGAUGAAAUGUGAUAGAUUUUGAAUGUGUGCAUGUUUAACACUUUUUUCUGACAAGUUUAAAGAAAAUUCUCGGUGGAUUAUUUGCCAUUGUGAACUGAUUUUGUAUGAAUUUACCACUGGACUAUAAGGUGUGACAUAAUCUUUAUUCUACUCUACACUUUGUAUUAACAAUUCACAAGAUACCUUGAAUAAAUAGUGCAUUGAUUUUUUUCUUUGAAUCAAAUUGUCUCUGUACUAUUUGUAAUGUUUUUUAUGUUACAGUUAAUGUAAUGAUUUCAGAUGAGACAAAACUGAAGUUGUUGAAUGAGCUGAAACAACUGAAUUAAAACUGAACAUACUUUGACCGUUAAGCAGUAUUGAGUUUGACAACAAACUUCAAGACAGCAUAAUAAAAGUCUUCAUCUACCACUCUUCAUGUGGCUUUGUCCCAGGAGUGUGCUUGCUGCUGUAGACUUGCACUCCCCUAAUAUCUAUUAUGAUAUUCUGUAAUUUCUUUAGUGCUGCCUUUAGUCAACACAAGUGGCAGGGUGGUCAAGUUUGUAUUCAUACAUCAGAAAUUCUUAUUAAAAGAUGAUUUCAGUACA